AUAUGUGCGUAUAUACUAUAUACUAUAUAUCAGUGUGUAAAUAGUACUUUGACUUUGUUGCUUCAGCUUUUUUUAUGUCAGAAGAAACAAUAAAUUAUUAAUGCAAGUGGAUCUAGUUGUACAUAUUUGGAUAAAGUAUUCAACAUGUCAGACAUAAAUAAUCUGAGGGAGACAGUUAGUCAAUAUGAAGAACAGUUGUUUCAAGUACAACAAGCUCUACAAAGUGCGGAUGAAUCCAACAGAAACGAUUUGUUGAGUUUACAGUCUGAUCUGAAAGAAAUAAUAAUCCUUACAAAGGAAAGUAUUCAAGGUGCAGAAGAUGUAUCUGCACAAGGAUCAACAAAUUCAAAUCAAAAUUCCAAAAGUGACUUGGACGAUGAAUACGAUUUAUUCAAGGCUGAAAUGGCUAAAUUGGACGAUGAAGCCAGCACUGAUAAAAGUCUGGAAUCUAUAGCUCAAUCAUCAUCGAAUAAUUUGGAAGAUGAAUUCAAGACACUCGAAGGCACCAAAUGCCGAGCCCCACACGGAGGCAGUUGGGGUGGUAUGGGAUACCACAAUGCCAUGAUCUGCUCUGUAUAUAAAAAUGACGAUCAGUUAUCAAGCCUGAACGAUAUAAUGGUAAGAGUACUUUAUAUCAAUCCAACGCAUAAAGAAAUGCUUCCCUGUCCUUACUUUUUGGAAGGCUCAUGUAAAUUUUCCGAAGAACAGUGCCACUUUUCUCAUGGAGCAGUUGUUCCAUUUACAAGUAUACAAGAGUACAAAGAACCAGAUUUUUCAAGCAUAAAAAUGGGAAGUAGGGUUUUAGCAAAACAAACAAACAAAUUGUGGCACAGAUGUGUUAUUUUAAAAACACCUGACGAUAAAAAUAAUGAAUAUGAAGUAAAAUUUGAAGCUAGUGGUAAAGUAACAGAAGUUGGUAUAGAUGAUUUGCUUCCUCUUGAUGAUGCUGGUUUGCAAAUGUCAGAUUCUUCAGACGAUAGUGACUAUGAAGAAGAAAUGAAGACCUGUCAAAAUGAAGAACUUGUGCAUAAAUCUCUUCUAACAAAUAACGCAAAUACACGACUUGGUGGUUGGGAAGAACAUACUCGUGGCAUAGGUAGUAAAUUGAUGGCUCAGAUGGGUUAUAUUACUGGCACAGGCUUGGGUAAGAGAUCUGAUGGAAGAAUAAACCCAGUUGAAGCUACUGUUCUGCCAGCUGGAAAAUCACUGGAUCACUGCAUGACUUUGAGAGAAAAUGCUGGAGGUGAUAAGGAUUUAUUCAGUGUAGAAAGAAAAAUGCAAAAGCAAAAGAAAAAAUUAGAACAGCAGAGGCAAAAAGAAUAUUUGAGAGAAAAACAGCGAGAAAAGAAUAAUGUGUUUAAUUUCAUGAAUGCUGCGCUUGGAAGUAAAUCCAAAGAACCAGAACCAAGCAGUUCAAAGCUACUCAAAGAACUAAAAAAAGAAUCUAACAAAAAUUUAAACAUAGCCAGCUAUCAAAUUGGAGAAGAUAUUUCAAGAUUGGAGAGGCAGUCUUCUGAACUUCGAAAUAAUACAGCGCAGUUUAGUAAAGACAGUAUUCAGUAUAACAGUAAAGUAUCCAAGUAUAAUGAAAUUCAAAAACAAAUUGUAAAAUUAAAGGCUUCAGCAAAGAGGAUAGCAGCAGAACAAAAUCAACGAAAGUUUAAGGCAAAAUUGAAAGAAUUUUAAUAUUAGUAUUAAUUUUUACGUAAGUUAUUAAUGCUUUUUUUUUAAGGAAAUUCAUUUUUAAUAAAAUGACGUGUAUAUAGUGCUGGACUGAAUAAACUAAGGCGUCGAGUUUUGCAUUUAA